AUGGCCGCUGUCGCAGCACCCACAACCACACCCCCCAACUGCACAGUCUACGUCCGCAACCUCGAAGAACGCAUCAAGAUCGACCAACUGAAGGAAUCCCUGGAAGAGAUCUUCUCGGAAUACGGCAAUGUGAUCGAGAUCGUGGCCAAGACCAACCUGAAGGCCAAGGGCCAGGCGUUCGUGGUCUUCGACUCGGUCGAGGCGGCCGGCCGCGCCAUCGACGAGAUCAACGGCUUCGAGCUAUUCGACAAGCCCAUGGUGCUGGACUACGCGCGCACGCGCAGCGACGCGACCGUACUGCGCGAGGGCGGCGAGGAGGAGCUCGAGGCGCAUAAGCGGCGGCGCGGGGCGGAGAAAGAGCGCAAACAAGCGCACGAGGCUCUCGAAGCGCAAAAGAAACUCAAACGUCCCCCCGGCGCGGUGGUGGCGCCCAACGACCCCUCCGGCCGCCCGGCCAAGGCGGCCAAGGGCGCCGGCCUCAAGCCCACGAGCGGCGCCGCCGCGACCGUCAUCCCGGACGAGUACCUGCCGCCCAACAAGAUUUUGUUCCUGCGGGACCUGCCGGACACCGCCGACCAGGACAGCCUCACCGCGGUGUUUGCGCGGUUCGAGGGGUUCCAGGAGGUGCGGCUGGUGCCCGGCCGCAAGGGGAUCGCCUUCGUCGAGUACGAGAACGAGUCCGGCGCCAUUAGUGCCAAGGAGGCGACGUCGGGGAUGCCGAUGGGCGAGACCGGGAAGCCCAUCCGGGUCACGUACCAGAGACAAUGA